UCAUAUUAGAAAUUGGUCUCGGUGAGCAUCAGCAGCAUUAGCUAGCUUCCUUUGUCGCUCUCCGCAAGUCUAUUGUCGACAGAGCGAAGCUCAGUGCUCCAGACGAAACCCUAGGAACGCCUAAAUAGGAAAACCUAGGAUUUUAGGACUACUUCACUUCCAUAAUCCCAGUACCCCAUUCCCCCAACCUUCUUCAUUUUGUUAGGGUUUUAUUAUUUGUUUUCCCGUUUGAAUUCGUACUCACCGUAGCCAUGGACGCUCAGAGAGCUCUGCUAGACGAACUAAUGGGUGCAGCUCGUAAUAUGACCGACGAAGAGAGAAAAGGGUACAAAGAAGUUACUUGGGAUGAUAAGGAGGUUUGCGGUGCGUACAUGGUUCGUUUUUGUCCCCACGAUCUUUUCGUCAAUACUCGGAGCGAUUUAGGAGCAUGCCCUAGAAUACACGACCCGAAGUUGAAAGAAAGUUUUGAGAAGUCUCCAAGGCAUGACUCAUUUGUGCCAAAAUUUGAAGCUGAGCUGGCUCAGUUUUGUGAGAAGCUGGUUAUGGAUUUGGACAGAAGAGUAAGGCGUGGACGGGAACGGCUUGCUCAGGAGGUGGAACCUGCACCUGCUCAGCCAUUGUCUUCUGAAAAAUCUGAACAGUUAUCUCAGCUGGAGGAUAAGAUAAAGAACUUACUCGAACAAGUGGAAUCUCUCGGUGAAGCUGGGAAGGUGGAUGAAGCUGAAGCACUUAUGAGAAAGGUAGACGCACUUAAUACUGAGAAGACAGCUUUGACUCAGCAGCCCCUGCCUGAUAAAGUAUUGCUGCUUGCACAAGAGAAGAAGAUGGCCCUUUGUGAGAUUUGUGGUUCUUUUCUUGUAGCCAAUGAUGCUGUGGAGAGGACUCAAUCCCAUAUCACUGGGAAACAGCAUAUUGGUUAUGGCAUGGUUCGGGAUUUCAUUUCUGAGUACAAGGAGGCUAAGGAGAAAGCAAGGGAAGAAGAGAGAUUAGCAAGGGAGAAGGAAACAGAGGAGCGGAGGAAGCAAAGAGAGAAGGAGCUUGAUAGUAGAAGGAGAAGAAGUAAUUCAGGUGAUAGAGACAGGCAUCGUGAUCGAGAGCGAGAGAGGGACAGAUAUCGAGAUCGGGACUUGGAUCGUGAAAGGUCUCGAGAUUGGAAUGGUAGAGGUAGUCGAGAUGGAGGAAGAAGUGGAGAUUGGAGAUCCAGAAAUGGAAGAGAUGGAGCCAGGGACAGGAACCGUGAUCGAAGCAGGUCACGCUCCCCUGUUAGGCAUGGACACAGGAGGUCACCUAGAAGUCCAGUUCACCCAUAUUAGUGAAAUUGUAGAUAGAUGUCUGAGCUUUGAUAUUUAAUGAGGUAGUUUUUUAUCCCAAAAUUUUUACGAACACGUGCUUUUGGAGCCUUGACUUAUUGUCUUCAUGGGUGAAACUUUUUUGUUUCCUAUCUCACAGCUUUGUUGACACUAUAUCAUCUCCCUUUCAUCAAUAUUGUUAAAGGAGAAAAAAGGUUGAGGUAGGUAUCUCAUUUUUUUUCACUAUAAUUCGUUUGGGCUUUGUUUGAAGUUAAUUCCUUUUCGCCCUCUAUAUGCAUUUUCUCUGAAACAUUGUUUUCAGAGUAUCUACGUUCCCUUGUUUUGGGAUUAAUUGUUGGCUAUAUAAUACAUUCUGUGUCCAAUGAAUACCUACUUUGAGACCGCAGCGGGAGAGAUAAUGGGUUUUUUCAUUUCUUGAGGUAACUUGUAAAUCUCAUCUUUGCUGUCAAUAAUCAUUUAAUUGAAUAUUCAUGGAUUCAAUGUAAGAACAAAAAAAUUAGUUUCUGGUUCUUUCAGCAUUA